ACCAGGCAUGGCGGGCCCUGUGGUACGUCUUUCCAGGCUGAGAGAAGGCUGCUGAGUCACAGAUUUCAAGUCCUGGGUGCCUGACCUUGAGUCUCAGCCUUGGGCAAGAGCUCUGACAUGGCAAGGGGAGGGAGGUGCCCGAACCCCAAUUGUGGGAACCCAGAGUUCCUGAGUUCGGGCCCUGAAGACUUGCACUUGGCCGCGGAGCUGGGAAAGACACUGCUGGAGAGAAACAAGGAGCUGGAGGAGUCUCUGCAGCAGAUGUACUCCACCAAUGAGGAGCAAGUGCAGGAGAUUGAGUACCUAACCAAGCAGCUGGACACGCUGCGGCACAUGAAUGAGCAGCAUGCCAAAGUGUACGAGCAGCUGGACCUGACAGCCCGAGACCUGGAGCUGACCAACCAGAAGCUGGUGCUGGAGAGUAAGGCUGCCCAGCAGAAGAUCCAUGGGCUGACAGAGACCAUCGAGCACCUGCAAGCCCAAGUGGAGGAGCUACAGGCCCAGGUGGAACAGCUGCGGGGUUUGGAGCAGCUGCGAGUGCGACGGGAGAAGCGAGAACGCAGACGCACCAUCCAUACAUUCCCCUGCCUCAAGGAGCUGUGUACCAGCCCGCGGUGUGAGGAUGCCUUCCGCCUGCACAGUUCCUCCUUGGAGCUGGGUCCACGGCCCCUGGAGCAGGAGAACGAGCGGCUGCAGACCUUGGUGGGUGUGCUGCGUUCCCAGGUGAGCCAGGAGCGGCAGCGCAAGGAGCGGGCGGAGCGCGAGUACGCGGCGGUGCUGCAGGAGUACUCGGAGCUGGAGCGGCAGCUGUGCGAGAUGGAGGGUUGCCGCCUCCGCGUGCAGGAGCUGGAGGCCGAGCUGCUGGAGCUGCAGCAGAUGAAGCAGGCCAAGACCUACCUGCUGGGCCGGGAGGACCACCUGGCCGAGGCCCUGCUCGCGCCCCUCACCCAGGCCCCCGAGGCCGAUGACCCCCAGCCCGGCAGCGGGGAUGACUCUGCUGCCCAGGAUGGCGUCUCCUCUCCGGCCGCCUCCCCGGGCCACUCGGUUCGCAAGAGCUGCAGCGACACCGCGCUCAAUGCCAUCGUGGCCAAAGACCCAGCCAGCCGGCACGCGGGCAACCUCACGCUGCAUGCCAACAGCGUGCGCAAGCGGGGCAUGUCCAUCCUGCGGGAGGUGGACGAGCAGUACCACGCCCUGCUCGAGAAGUAUGAGGAGCUGCUGAGCAAGUGCCGGCAGCACGGCGCUGGGGUGCGGCAUGCUGGCGUGCAGACCUCACGGCCCAUCUCCCGAGACAGCUCGUGGAGAGACCUUCGUGGGGGUGAAGAGGGCCAGGGGGAGGCCAGGGCAGGUGAGAAGAGCCUGAGCCAGCACGUGGAGGCCGUGGACAAGCGGCUGGAGCAGAGCCAGCCAGAGUACAAGGCGCUUUUCAAAGAGAUCUUUUCCAGGAUCCAGAAGACCAAGGCCGACAUCAAUGCCACCAAAGUCAAGACGCACAGCAGCAAGUGACCCCUUUCCCGGCCUGCAGCCUCCCCCAGGGUCAGGCCACUGGGCUCCUCAUGCCUGGGCCACGCAGCCUCUGGUGAGUGAGGGAGCCCACCAGCAGCAAUAUAGCCUAGUGGAGGCUGCGUUCUGGCCCAGGGAGCAUGUGGGGGACGUAGCUUGUUCUCUGUUCACUUGGGAGGUGGUCAAGGACCUCCACCAUCCUGCGUCAGCCUAAAGACGCAGCUAAGAGUUUCAAAGCCAAACAUUCCCACUCCCAUGGGGAUUCCCAGCUCCCCAGCCCUUGGCUUCCCGACCCUGGGCCUUGCUCGCAGAUUUGUGGCCAGGCUUCUCUGAAAGCCAUUCUGGACCACUUGGCUUUUUUUCUUUUUUUCUUUUUUUCAAGGUUCAGUUUUUUUGAGAGAUUUGCAAUGCAAGGUCUCCCUGACCCCUUGCCACAACUGGAAACACUUGAAGGGGGAUCCCAGAGCCAGCUGUUGCAGGUUCCAGGGGUCUCCUGGACCACCCACUGCUUCUCCCCAGCUGCGACACGCUGUCAUUCCUUAGCAUCAGCUAAAGGGUUCUGACCAGGUCAGGGACAGCCCCUGCCAUGCAGAGCAGAACAUCUCAGCCAGGCCCCGAGUGCCCCCCACUCCAGCCACUCCAGCCCUGGUGAGGCGGGCUUCUCCCUGGGGACUCUCAGCCCACUGCAGAUCUGUAGCCAAUCAGAGGAGGGGAACAGGGAGCCCCUCGGCAGCCAUACACGAACAGUACAUCCUGCUUCCCUCAGAGCCAGCCUCCUCGGGUUCCAGCCCUGGAAAUGCCUUCUGGCCAUUAAGCCUUCCAGGAAUCUGGGCAGUAGGGAGCCCCCGUCUCUGCACGCCACCUCUGACUUGCCAAGCUUGGCCUCUGCCUGCCCCCAUCUCAGGGACCAUGAUGUGUCUCAUUCGCUCCCAUGCUCCCCACAGGCCGACCCCCGACCCCUCCUUAGAUUAUGCCUGCUGCCCCCAGAAUGACCCAGGCAUAUGCCACCAGCCAGUGCUCCCAGCAUCUGCCCCUGCCCCUCCCCACUGGGGACUGCCCGAUUCCACCCUAUACUGAACAGUAUUGAAAUGGGACCUGGUAGGGAAUGUGUCUCCUCUCUCCCAUAAAAUGCUGUUCUUAAACCUCCCAUCUUUUUUUGAGGGGUGGGGGUUUUGAGGACCCAGCUGGGUCACAGGUUAAACCUUUUGUUAAGGCUUCAGAAAGUCCAGCUUCAGCUAAGAGAUGUCCAGGCCCCCAGCUUGCCCUAAGCAUUUCUCCAGGGUUUCCAUUUCCAGUUCCUUCUGCCACCCAUCCUGAGAUCCUAGAAAUCAGAGGAGCUACACAGCCCGGUGGAAGGCAGCAGCCCUGGCCUCUGUGCUAGGAACCCAGCAGGGACCUUCAUGCCUUAUCUGUUUCUAAGGGGUAAAGGGGUUUUCUUAACAAGCAUGCCCGACCUCCCUGGAGGCGCUUACCCUGCUCUCUGGGCGGCACUGUGAUGAGCGCUGUCGGCUGGUCCUUCCGUUCACACAUCUUGGAACCCUUUGUCCUUUGGAGCUGGGCAGCUCCCAGCCCUCCGUGUGUCUCUGUCAUCUAGGGUGGAGGGGGUAGGGUGGGGAAAGGGCUCCUGCCUGUUUGCUCCCCAGUUCUGUAGCGGCCGACCAGCGUCACCUUUGAAGUAUACCCGAGAGAAAUAUAUUUACAAAUGCUUUAUUCUCUUCUUUAAUAAAAAAUGCACCAGUAUUCUAAAAGCAGAAGUGGCCCUGGA